CGGGGAGUGUAGGGUGUGGAUAAAACAUCAUAUAAAGGAGUACACGUCUCCUGGCCCAAGCAUUGAUCUCAGAUCUUUCUCUCGUCGCUCACCAGAACGAACUCGUACCCUCACGACAGCCAACAUGUUCAUCCCCAGCGUCCACGCCGAAACCGACACGGAGGCCCUCCUCCAAUUCAUCCACGAGAAUCCGCUCGGCCUCCUCAUCACCGGCAUCCCCUCAUCGGUGCACGACUUCCUGCAAUGCACCCACGUCCCCUUCGUCCUCGACCCGCCAUCCCAGAACGAACCCGCCCGCCUCCGCGCGCACAUCGCCAAGCAGAACCCGCAAGUCAAGGCGCUCCUCGAAACCGCCACAAAGGACACCGACACCAACAACAGUGCCCUGGAGAUCCUCACCCACGCCCAAGAAGUCCUCGUCGUCUUCACAGGCAGCCACCACCACUACGUGACCCCGAAAUUCUACACCCAGACCAAACCGGACACCGGCAAGGUCGUGCCCACCUGGAACUACGCCGCCGUGCAGGUUUACGGAAAGCUCUCGGUGUACUACGACUCCCGGCGCGCGGACACGGGCGCGUUCCUGGCGAAGCAGAUGCGGGAUCUGUCGGAGCGGUGCGAGCGGGGCAUCAUGGGCUUUACCGGGGAAGGGGGCCGGGCGGGGCCGUGGACGGUCGAGGAUGCGCCCGAGCGGUAUAUUGAGCUCAUGCAGCGGAAUAUCGUCGGGGUGGAGAUUGAGAUCUGCAAAGUGGAGGGGAAGGUGAAGAUGAGUCAGGAGAUGCGGAAGGGGGAUCGCGAGGGGGUGGUCCGGGGGUUUGCGGAGUUGGGGGGCGAGACGGGCAAGGCGGUCUCGGAGUUGUGUGAUGAGGAGAAGCCAGCAUGUGGGACCUGCGUACGAUUGGGGAAGGAAUGUGAAUAUUUGAAACCCGGACUCAAAUUCCAGAUUGUGACCGGCCAGAGUUCGAGAUCCCCGUCCGAGGAUGGAGCCCCGUCCAAUGCGACAGCACAAGAGCUGGCUGGCGACCAGGCGUCCAGCAUUCAAAACGAGCAGAGGCUCCGGAUCGGAACCAACAGUCUGGUCAGAUCCCUGCAGACGACGGAGCGGGACGUCUUCUACACCACCUAUUGGGAGGAUCGCUGUCUACCAGCCUUACACCCCGUCUUCCACUCUACCACACUCCUGAUCCCCGACAUGCCGAUCAUCAGAGACGCGGUGCUGGCUCUGUCAUCCUGCAAUAUCAGCCGUCUUCGCGGCGAGCGCAAAGUAUCAGCGACAGCAUUGAUGGGCCCGUGGAGUCCGAGCCUAACCCACCAGACCGCGAGUCAUCUGUAUUACUCCUCCGCGAUCAGGAGACUCGCCGCCCUGACGUUGGCCGAUUUUCAUCACAAUAACACAGUCAUUCUCACGACGCUGGUAUUGUUCGCGCACCUCGAAUCAGCCAUGGGUAACUUCAAGGGCUUCUGCUGCCACGUGCAGGGGAUCAUGAAUCUCCUGGAGUGGCGACAGGGCGUCGCAGACCCAACCAUCAGAUCGCUCCUCACCUCGUGGAUGCAAAUCCGGUAUGUGGUCUGGUGGGCGCGCGCCUACUUCAGCUCGGUGGAGAUUCAUCAGCAAUUGCCAUCCAUCCCGUUGCCCGUCUCGCUGGUCAAGGAUUCACCACGCACCCAGCACGGGCGCCGGGUCCUGGCGUUGAGCAUCAUGUGCGAGUCCCAUCGCCUGAACUUCAACGCUGUGUUUCAGUAUUCCCGGGAUCAGAUAAACCCACGGAGAGCCGAGGAAGAUCCAGCGACGUGCAUCUCGCGUCUCCGCCAACAGGCUGCCACACUAGACGAGUGGCUCGCGCACCUCCCGCCCGCUGAGCAGCCCAUCUACGGCCCCAUUGACCCGACAGGCAACCCGACCAUCCACUUCUCCUCUCAUGAUGCAGCACUGAACUACGCAUACCACGUCGUAGCGCGCAUCAUGCAAUGCAGUAGUUUUCUCGCCCUCCUGCAGAACCCGCACUCAACCUUCCUUGACCACGAGCCCCACGAGGAAGAUAUGUGGGUCCAGACUCUCGUCCGCAUCGCCCAAGGGACUGACAUGCAGACCUCCCUCACGCGCAACAGCUACACCAUCGGAUUCACAGGCCUGCUGCUGGCGGGUAUCCUACGGUGUCGGAGUCUGUCGACCGGGUUGGAGAUCGAGCAAUGGUUGCAGAGGCUACUGGAUCUGCAGCCGACCGAGGAAGGCGCGUUCCCUGUGUACCAGACCCUCAGCGUGGUGCAAGCGAUCAACCGGCAGAGGGCGGUCGGGCGGGAUGUGUUUGCCGUGACGCAGCCGGUGGACGAUGGCGGAGGGUUGCCCAAGGUCACGGCGUAUAAUAGUCAGUCGAUCAGCUGUCUUGUCUUCCAUGGGUAUUGUCGACGGAUGGGGGUUGUUUUUGAGGAGUGUGUCGUUUUGGGGGGGUAGGUUUUAUUAGGUAUUGUGUCCUGAUGCCUCGUUGCCUGAGGCGUGCGUCGGCGAACGUGUAGUUCAACUUUAGGUGCCCCGUUGCAGUCAAAAUGGUCAAUCACAAAAAGCCAUGUUCAAAAUC